GAUAUUUGUAAACUAGAAGGAAGAAAAUAAAAUGGAGAUAUGGGGAGUUUUUCAUGUAUGAUAGCGACCCUUUAGUCCAUAUCAUUUGAAAACGAUGAUUUUGGACUUUAGGAUUUACUCGGAGUAAAACAUGGUGUUGGUUUUUCUUAUCUGCCUGCAGAACGACGGAACAGUUCCGGGAGUGAAGGCCUAAAUUUAUCAAACUUUGAUCAAUCUAUGGCACCAGCAACAGAAAUUAAAGAACUCAGGAUAUGUGUUGCAACAUGGAACGUGGGAGGAAAGACACCCGACCCUGGCCUCAACCUUGAAGAUUUCUUGCAGGUUGAAGAUUCUGCUGAUAUUUAUGUCUGCGGGUUUCAGGAAAUUGUUCCACUCAAUGCUGGAAACGUAUUGGUGAUUGAAGAUAAUGAGCCUGCAGCAAGAUGGCUAGCUCUUAUAAGCCAAGCACUUAACAAACCACUGCAUGAUUUCACGAACUAUUAUUCCGACUCAAGCCAUGGUUCAAGAGGCCUCAACAGCAAUAAAGACUCGAAAUCACAUAACUUCUUUCAUAAGCCUUCUCUGAAAGUGCUUAGCAAAAAUUACAGGGCAGAUAGUAGCCUACUCAAGAUCUGCAAUUGUCACGAGGAGUCCCAACCUAGAGAGAGGCAGAGAACAAGAAAACUUAGCGACCCCAUCAACAAACUAGAAUCAGCAAAGGAACUUCAUCGUCGUCCAGAAAGCUGUGCCGAUGACAUGCUUUAUAUUCCUGACAUGCCUACCUCACCUUCCUCACCGACUAACAGGACCUAUAACCUUAUUGCAAGCAAGCAAAUGGUUGGAAUUUUUCUUUCAGUGUGGGUUAGAAAGGAGUUGGUGCCUCACAUUGGUCAUCUCAGGGUAGAUUCUGUUUGUAGAGGAAUAAUGGGUCGUCUUGGCAACAAGGGAUGUAUAUCAAUAAGCAUGUCAUUGCACCAAACGAGCUUUUGCUUCGUGUGCAGUCACCUGGCUUCUGGGGAGAAGGAAGGCGAUGAACUAAAGAGGAACGCUGAUGUAGCUGAGAUCCUCAAGAGCACACAAUUCCCCAAGAUUUGCAAGCAUAGACCUCGUCGAGCCCCUGAAAGAAUAGUUGAUCAUGACCGUAUAAUUUGGCUAGGAGAUUUAAAUUAUCGAGUAGCUUUGAGUUAUGAGGAAACGAAGGUUCUGUUGGAGGAUAAUGACUGGGACACCCUGCUGGAGAAGGAUCAGUUGAAUAUUGAAAGAGAAGCAGGGAGAGUAUUCAAGGGUUUCAAAGAAGGACAGAUCUUGUUCGCUCCUACUUACAAGUACACACAAAACUCAGAUUCUUAUGCUGGAGAAACUGUUAAAUCCAGAAGGAAACGUCGAACACCAGCAUGGUGCGAUAGGAUAUUAUGGCGUGGUGAUGGCAUUGAGCAGUUGUCCUAUGUCCGCCGCGAGUCAAGAUUUUCCGAUCACAGACCGGUUUGUGCUGUCUUCGCAGCAGAGGUUGAAAUGAGGAACAGAACCACUAACAGAUUCAGGAAAGGUUACUCCUGUGCGGCUGCAAAACUGGAAUUUGAUAGCUGCAUACCCCAAAGGCAUAGCUUAUAUGAAUUCUAAUGAAAAACCAAAUUGUACAUUUCAUUAGUCAUUUUUCUUUGAAGAGGCAAUUAAUAUAGGAGUAUAAUUAGGAAACUACUAAUUGCGCUUCAUAGAUUAAUGUAGCAAGGCUUUUGUUUACUAAUAAUCCCACGAGAAAAAGAAUUCUAACCUUCA